UGUGGUGUGCCACCAACUGCAUCGAUCUGACACUCACACCCGAGUCCGGAGAACGUCGUGUUUGGAGAAGCCGGAGCUAGAUCGAAGACCAUGGCUAGGGUGGCGGCGGUGGCCAUGUGCGCGCUGUUAGCGCUGGUGGUGGUCGGUCCGCCGUCGGUGGCAGCACAGGACUGCGAUGCGGGGAAGCUGAUCGUGUGCGCGGCGGCGAUCAUCGGCGGGGCGGAGCCGUCGGAAUCGUGCUGCUCGAACCUGAAGGCGCAGCAAGGCUGCCUCUGCAAGUACGCGAGCAACCCGGCGUAUUCCGGCUACAUCAACAGCCCCACCGCCCGCAAGACCCUCGCCUCCUGCGGCAUCCCUAUCCCGACCUGCCCGCAGUAGAAACAUGGUGCAUGCAUGCACGCACAAAAAGUGUGCUAGAUGUGGUGUGUGUUGAUCUAGUGAUUAACUGUCCGGAUUUGAUAUAUUUCAAUAACAGAGGAGUACGAGCGCAGUAGAUGUGCUCGACGUUUGUUUUCUGCUAA